AUGAUACAUUUAAACAUGACAGCAACUCAAUUAUCUAAAUACAAAUUCAAGAACAGAAUUUCUCAUAUAGUUUCUCAAGUGGCACGUGAAAUAUUAAAGAAAAAUCUAAGGAAAAUAAUAAAAAAGCAAAACAGUAAAAAUGCCAUGAAUAUAAAGAGAGCGGCAGGAACAAAUUCAUAA